AUGUCUAAAACUAGUGAAAAAACUGACUCAAAAUAUGAUUAUGAUUAUUUUGUAAUUGGAGGUGGAUCAGGAGGUGUACGUUCAAGUCGCAUAGCUGCUCAACAUGGUGCUCGUGUUGCUUUAGCUGAAGAUAAAAAAUUAGGUGGUACUUGUGUUAAUGUUGGUUGUGUACCAAAAAAAUUAUUUUGUUAUGCAUCACAUUAUCGGGAAUUAUUUCAUGAUGCACAUGGUUAUGGAUGGCCAAAAAUUGAUAUGAAUUAUAAUGAUCAUAAUUGGAAACAAUUUAUAGAAAAUAAAAAUGCUGAAAUUCAACGUCUUAAUAAUGCAUAUGAAAAAACUCAAAAAGAUAAUAAUGUUGAAAUAAUCAAAGGACAUGCAACAUUAAAAGAUCAACAUACUGUUGUUGUUAAUAAUAAAGAAUAUAAAUCAAAAUAUAUACUUCUUGCUGUUGGAGGUUAUCCGGUAGUACCGAAAAUUGAAGGACGUGAACAUAUAAUUACAUCAGAUGAUGCUUUUUUUCUUGAAAAAUUACCUAAGAAUAUUAUUAUUGUUGGUGGUGGUUAUAUCGCAACAGAAUUUGCUUGUAUUUUUAAUGGAUUUGGUUGUAAUGUAACAUUAAUUUUACGUGGAAAGACAAUUUUAAGAUCCUUUGAUGAAGAUAUUCAAGCAAAAUUGACUGAAGAACUUAAAAAGAAUGGUAUUCAUUUUCGAUAUGAAACUGAAGUUGAACAUGUAGCAAAAUUAUCUGAUGGUUCAUAUCGUGUUAGAAUUAAAAAUGAUACAACAACAAUAAAUACAAAUCUUGUUAUGUUUGCGAUUGGUCGUCAACCUAAUACACAAAACAUAGGAUUAGAUAAAAUUGGUAUUAAAUUCGAUCAAAAAGGUAUAAUUGAAGUUGACGAUUAUUCACAAACAAAUAUUUCCAAUAUCUAUGCGGUAGGUGAUUGUACAGGUCGUAAAGCUUUAACACCUGUAGCUAUACAAGAAGGUCAUUAUUUAGCAAAUAUGCUUUUUAAUAAUGAACAACCACGAAAAGUUGAUUACGGUACAGUAGGUACAACUGUAUUUAGUGAACCAGCUAUUGGUACAUGUGGUUUAACUGAACAAGAAGCAAGAGAAAAAUAUGGACCUGAUGGAUAUGAUGUAUAUGAAUCAACGUUUAAACCAAUGUUUGUACAAUUACCAAAACGUGAUAGAAAAUCAUAUGUAAAAUUAAUUGUUGAAAAGAAUGAUCAACAACGUGUUGUUGGUAUUCAUUUGAUGGAUCAUUCAGCACCAGAAAUUAUUCAAAUGUGUUCAGUUGCAAUACGUGCUGGUGCAACAAAAGAAUUAUUUGAUCAUUCAAUUGGUAUACAUCCAACUAGUGCAGAAGAAAUAGUUCAAAUAAGAAACAAACGAGAAAACAAAAACGAAGAAAAAAAAUGA